GCUGCUCCUCUGUGCAUCCGCGGAUCCCCCUGCGUCUUUCAGGAACGCUCGGCAUCCACCGUUGAGCUACCUAGCGUAUCGCAUACCUACCUAUCUACAUAGUACAUAUGGAGCUAAGCUCGCUGCUACACCUCGUAAGAGGUUCAAUUCAAACCAGUUUGUUUACAACUUCUGAAAGCUGUUUGGCCACAAUCCCCAUCCAUUUUCAUUCCAUUGGUCAACCAACUUAUUCAAUUACGUUACCGUAUUGACUUAUUUCAUUACUUCAUUACUUCAGUCUAAGCGGAGCUUCGAAGCUCGUCGUAUUUCCAUUCCACUCUUCGUUUAUAACGUACGAAUAACUUUAUUCGGUCAUCUCUCAUUGAGACCAACUCUUUUACACUCGUAACCUGUCUGAUAACUUUUCAUUUAUUUUCGGAGGACUUCUUGAAUCCUCCUCUACAGCGAUCUAACAUUUACCUGGUUGAUCCAGGGACAUAACAGCGGGAAAUUCGGAGUCAGUUGCCGUAACGGUUACUGUCAUGGGUGGCGAAACUAUGAAGCCGAAGGUCAUUUCGACCGAUUAUCCCCUCCGGGCACCUACCCCGGUUGGGAAACGGAUAUCCCAUAUCUACAAGGACCGCAUUACUCAGUUCUACUCUAAGGGACAAUGGGAGAAACAAAAUCUCCUUGCUAUGAUGUUCGAGGGCGUCGCAUCUGGACCUCCUCAUGUUCAGCUCUCCACAUGGCCAGCUCCAAACCUCUCAAGGCCGACAUUUGAGGAGGCCGUAGCCGGCGAGUACAAAGCUGCUUCUGUUGGUCAAACCUUCGGUCCAUCUUGGUCCACCCACUGGUUCAAAGUCGUGCUCCGCGUUCCCGCCGAGCUACGGGAUAAAGAACACUUAGAAUUCCAGUGGGACUCCAACAGCGAAGGCAUGGUUUGGACCGAAGACGGAAAGCCGCUUCAGGGUCUAACCGGCGGGGGUGAACGUGUCGAGUGGAUCCUCCCAGACUCCUUCAGAGAUGGUAAGGAACAUACCAUCUACAUAGAGAUGGCCUGCAAUAGUAUGUUUGGCAAUCCAACUGGAGGUGAUACCAUCCAACCGCCCGACCCCAACAAGUAUUUCCAACUUGUCAAGGCCGAUAUUUGUGCCGUCAAUCUAGACGCCCGGCAGCUCUGGAUUGACACGUGGAUCAUUGGUGACGCUGCGAGAGAAUUCCCCGAAGAUUCGUGGGAGCAGCAUAAGGCCUUGAAUGUCGUCACGAAUAUUAUCGACUCGUAUGUUCUCGGCGAUAAAGAGUCGAUCAAGAAAGGCCGUAAGAUCGCACAGGAAUAUAUCGGAUCUAACGUCGACUCUUCUAAGGUUUAUGAUAGCGGGCUUGUCCCUCAGGUGUUCGGCAUUGGCCAUUGCCAUAUCGACACUUGUUGGUUGUGGCCAUGGGCUGAGACGAAGAGAAAGGUGGCGAGAUCCUGGUCGAACCAGUGCGACCUAAUGGAUCGAUACCCGGAACUUAACUUUGCUUGCUCCCAAGCACAGCAGUAUAAAUGGUUGAAAGCCUUAUACCCUUAUGCAUUUGACCGGGUCAAGCAAAAGGUUAAGGAACGCCGAUUCCAUCCAAUUGGCGGUAGCUGGGUUGAACACGACACCAACUUGCCGAGCGGCGAGUCUCUCGUCCGACAAUUUCUGUACGGUCAAAGAUUCUUCGAGAGCAAUUUCGGAGAGCGCUGCCGGACAUUCUGGCUCCCUGAUACCUUUGGGUACUCGAGCCAACUUCCUCAAAUAUGCCGACUAGCCGGUAUGAACCGUUUCCUCACACAGAAACUCAGCUGGAAUAACAUCAAUAACUUCCCCCAUACGACAUUCAACUGGGUUGCCCUUGACGGAAGCCAGGUAAUAUGUCACAUGCCGCCAGCUGAGACGUACACCUCGGAAGCCGAGUUCGGCGAUGUUAAGCGCAGUGUUUCUCAGCACAAGUCGAUGGACCAGGAUAGCACUUCGCUAUUGGUCUUUGGCAAAGGUGACGGUGGCGGCGGUCCGACUUGGCAGCAUAUAGAGAAGUUGAGGCGUUGCCGUGGUAUCAGCGACCAAGUUGGCCGUUUGCCUAGAGUGCACCUAGGAAACUCCGUGGAUGACUUCUUUGACAAGCUCGAGGAGAAGGGUGAUAGCUUGGUCACUUGGUAUGGCGAGCUCUAUUUCGAGCUUCACCGCGGUACAUACACAACCCAAGCCAACAACAAACGUAAUAACCGUAAGUCGGAGUUUAUGUUACGAGAGCUUGAAUUAUUAGCUACGAUCGCAUCUCUUAAGUUCAAAUCCUACAAGUAUCCAAAGGCGGCGUUCGAUGAGAUGUGGGAAGCAGUUCUUCUCUGUCAAUUCCACGACUGCCUCCCGGGGAGUGCUAUUGAGAUGUGCUAUGACGACUCGGAUGAGCUAUAUGCCAGAGUAUUUGAGCUAGGCAAAAAUAUUUACGAAGACAUCUAUCAACUCUUCGGUGUUACCGAGGUAGGGUCCGCAGCGUCUGGGAGCGAAACUUUCGCACUUAAUACUCUCCCAUGGCACAGAAAGGAGAUCGUGGAACUUUCUGAGUCCGAAGUAGGCGUCGCUUGUGGUUCCGAGAACCUCAUCAACAUCAAACCGUUCAAGACAGGAGCGUCCAAGGCUGUUACCGUUAAGGAAAUCAGGGAUGGUGUCUUCGUCUUGCAGAAUGAUCAACUUACGGUUCAGGUCGAGGAUGGUACAAUAACCUCACUCUUCGAUCGCAAGGAAAAACGCGAAAUCAUUCCUGAGGGAGAAAAAGCCAACCAGCUCGUCAUUUUUGACGACAAGCCACUUUACUGGCAAGCUUGGGACGUCGAGGUAUACCACCUCGAUACCCGCAAAGUGGUUCCCUACGGAAAGACUAGAAUCCUCGAAGAGAAAGACCAUCGGGUCAGCGUCUUGACGGAAGCACAGAUCAGCGAAAACAGCUCUAUCAAGACAGUUCUAAGCCUGUCUGCUGCUCUUGAUGGCCAGCAGUCGUUUGUCGAAUGUACUGCCCAGGUGGAUUGGCACGAGACCAUGAAGUUCCUGAAGGUCGAGUUUCCUGUGAAUGUUAGGAAUACCGAAGCCUCUUAUGAGACCCAGUACGGUAUUGUUAAGCGACCCACUCAUUACAAUACCACCUGGGAUAUGGCGAAAUUCGAGGUUUGUUGCCACAAGUUUGCGGACUUGUCGGAGCAUGGCUACGGUGUUUCAAUCCUCAACGACAGCAAAUACGGCUUUGCUACUUGUGGAAGCCUUAUGCGCCUAUCUCUCUUGCGAUCUCCGAAGGCACCCGACGCACACGCAGACAUGGGGAAGCACAAAAUCCGCUGGGCCAUCUUGCCUCAUCAAGGUGGAUUGGGUGCGACAACCGUUCGCGCCGGAUACAACUUCAAUCACCGAGUCAAGAUCCUUGCAGCCCACGAGACGUCUGACGUCUCUGCACUUAAAAAUUACCCUGUCAGACUGACCGGUGAUGACUCUCUCAUUCUGGACUGUGUGAAGCGUGGAGAGGACGAUGAAGACGUUUCUCGCGACAGUGCACUCCCACGUCGUAAAGGACAGAGCGUUAUCAUCCGGAUAUACGACAGUCUCGGCGGCCGUAGCACAGCAACGGUCAAAACGAUAUGGGAUGUUAAAAACGUGUUCAAGACGAACAUCUUGGAAGAUGACGGGGAAGAGAUCAAGUUGAGCAAGGACGGCUCUUUCCCGAUUACCCUUAAUCCUUUCGAAGUCGCAACAUAUAGACUGCAGUUGUAAGAGGUUUUGAGCUAUGCAAAUAUUGGCUUGGUACUACACGUUAAAGCGGCCAGCCUCGUGGAGCUGAAGGUGGCAUUUCUUCAGGUGGAGUUCACCGGCAGUAGGAUACAAUACUUCACUCUGAAGUAAGGAUAACCUAGUUUAAAGCACCUGGGUAUGCGAUUUAGCUCAGAGGGUUCGUAAACGAGUAUCGGGGGACUAGCAGGCAAUAUUGAAGGCCUCCUCAGACAUCCGUGAUAAGAUCUUACCAUGUCUGUCUAUUCAGUUGACCCAGUCCAAGAGUCCAAAGUGUAGUCGAGAGGCCUUACGAAGCACCAGAGGAAUAGCGUUUUCAUCAAAUUGACUAGCCUAUUCAUAGUAUACCAUUGUUUCUUUAUGUGAGCUCGUUGUGAUUGUGAGCAUAACUUUUAUGUUAGGGUCAACGGUUAGGACUUCAAAGUCCUAGAACGCGAGUUAACACAUAUAAUAUUUGAGUUAAAUCGAAGACGAAUCAAACAUUAGGGCGCUGCAGACAGGUGUUUACGUUAAGGU